ACAUCCGGAAGGUUUGGCUAGCUGGAUGCUGUCGUGCUAAUGCCGUAUUUAGCUUUAUAAAUCAACGGGGACAGAUCCAACAUGGACAGAUACGGGAGUAAGGGGCAUGAAGCACUUUAAUUCAAUUCAGUUUAUUUUAUAUAGCCCAAUAUCACACAUUAUGAAUUUGCCUCAGAGGGUUUUACAAUCUGUACACAUACGACAUCCCUGACUUUUGACCUCACAUCGGAUCAGGAAAAACUCCCAAGAAAUAGAAACAACCCUUUCACAGGGAAAAAAGGGAAGAAAGCUUCAGGAGAGCAACAGAGGAGGAUCCCUCUCCAGGAUGGACAGAAGCAAUAGAUGCCAUGUGUACAGAAGGAAUCAUUACAGUUACAAUACAUUCAAUGAAGAUGACAGAGUGUAUGAAGACAUUACACUACAUUUAAUUUCCCGCAUCAACUGUUUAAAAGAAGACCACCCAGUAAGAUUAUUUGUGGGCUGGGUGCUCCUUGUCUGAGCAAUUCAACAAGACAUUCAGAUGUCAUAUUCCGUUUCAUUAGAAUAUUUCACUAAAACAAGCCAAAAAUGUCAACUCGUAGUUGCAUUAGAAGCAAUGCAGUCAUUCAGAUUCAUCUCCUGUGGAACAUGAAUGUUGUUGAGAUAUUUCAGUCUGGAGCAACGAGGUUGACAAACAUAACGGACAGACAGACAUUGCCACCCGGCGCCACACUGCUGGCACGGCUAAAAGUUCUUGAAGCAAACGGAGAGCUUCACACUGUCCAUCGGGCAUGUUUACCUCACGGAGACAUCAUCCCACGCCCAAAGCCAUCCAUUUGACGAGGAGGGAGGCCUGAGGCCCCCUGGGAACUGGGGACUUUUCAAGGGGUAUUGUUUGCAGUCUGAGUCACUCUAUAUUUAUAUCAGUGUGUAGCACGGGGGCAAAGUUCGCACUGCGUUUGGUAAUAUUUAACAGGACAGUUUUGGGUGACAUGGCUGAGCGGCGAGAAUGAGAAAAAGGCAGCGUUGUUGACAUGUAUCCACCGCGUGGGACACUUGCCGCUGAUGCAUAGAGACACCAAACCGAGCAUUGAACAAUGGAUUGACUGGAUCGACUGAUUAAACAUGGACCUCUUUUAUCUGCUCGUGCUCCUACUUUCAUGCAGGAUUCAAGCCAUAGAUUCAUUGACAAUCUCCUACUGAGUAAUUCAUCCCUAAAUCCUGUCUGCUCUCAUCCAUGCACCCCGUCCAAACCACCAUCGUUUCAAUCUGGACAGCACAUAGUCAGAGGUCUGAUGAAGCUGUCGCCCGGCACACUAACCGUCCUUCGAGGAGACGAGGCCCGGUUUACCUGCAGUACCUCCGACACUCAGUGGACUGUUAUGUUGUGGCUGCUGAACGGCACGGCGGUUCUCACCAUCUCCAAGGAGUUUGGCGUCCUGCCCUCCAUCAACCCGAAUGUGACGGCCGAGACAAGCCUCGUCUCACGUGGAGACAGCUGGGUGUUUGUCCUGAAGAGCACAGAGAGGCACAACCAGGGACCAGUGACCUGUGACCUCCAGGGCAUUGACAGGACAACAGCAAGCCUGUUUGUACAAGAAACGGGCAGCGUGAAAGUCUUUGGGGAUAACAAGGUGGCUUUUCAGGGUCAGUCGGUCCUAUUUGAAUGCCAAGCAGCAGGAUGGUACCCUCCACCCACUUUGCAAUGGCAGGUGAAUGACAAAAAGGUGAACCAGGGGGAAUACAACAUCAGCAGUGAAGAGCCCGGGAAGAGCCUCUUCACCGUAACCAGCAACCUCAGCGUGACGGCAGUGAAGAGCUCUCAUGUGGCUUGUCAAGCCUCUGUGUCGGCCCUCGCCACACCACUGAGGAGCAGCCUCCGUCUGACAGUGGUUACAGAGGUGGUGCAGGAGGGAGAUGACUGCACGGUCCCUGUGGCAGUAAUGGCCUCCUUCUGUGCUCUCCUGCUGCUCCUCCUGCUCUGCGUCUCCACCGUCCUCUGGCUCAGACAGAGGAGACAAGCAAAACCGAGCCCACGGGAGGCAAUACGGUUCGACCAAUCAGUGAGCGGGAGAAGCUCGGUUGCUGAGGCGACAGGAGGGAAGGUCAACGUGGGAUAUUCUGGUGAGGGCCCCACAGAUGCAGUUAUCAAUGAGCUAAUCGUGGAAACUCGUAGGCAGGAGGAUGUUGUCGGCUUUCACAAGGUCCCUGAUGUCGUGUAUACCAGCAGUCGGUCUCCACACAGUGAGGACCCACCCCAAGUGUGUCUAUCAGAGGAAAACGUCAAGAGUGUCAGGAGAAUUACCACAGUUUGAAAUAAAAAUAUGGUGUCAAUGAUGUACACUGUUGUACAGUUCAGUAUUUACAGAUGGGGCCCCUCACCAGUGUUACAUGUAUGUAAAACUGUUAGCUAAUGUUAUACAUAACAUUAGCUAAAAGCAUGUAGCACAUUAUUUCAAAAAUAUAUUUACUUUAAUGUAUCCUUCAAAAAAUGUAAACAUUGUUUUUAAAAUGUUCAAUAAAGUUGUGUGCUCCUUUA